CGUCCGCCAGAUGUCGCGACGUCUCUGCGUGGGAAGAGGAGAGGAGAGGAGGGGCCUGGCCUGGGAAUCCGCUGUUUCCCAUUCCAGGCGCAGGGGCACAACAUGGCGGAUUAGGAGGCGACCGACGCGCCCGGAUACAACGAACAAAUCGUGGGAUACUAAUUCCCCGUGUCGUGGAGAGGGCAGGAAUAUAGGCUUUUCGGAAAGCCAACGCACACCUUUAAGACUUCCCGAGACAUGCAUUUUGGAUACCAGUAAGAGCCUUCGCUGCUUUGCCCCACUCCACAUUGGCUGUCUGUCCGAGAUCAUUCCUAUCACCCAGGCCCCCCACCCCGAACACACUCUCGGUUCCUGGGGUGUGGAGACAGGGGCCGGGGAAGUGGAAAACAAUCGCACUUUAUCUGGAACACCGGGCUCCGUAGUGCGGGACAGGGCUGUCAAGGAGAUCAUUGUGCGAAUGAGUGAGUGAUGCAGGUUUCGUUUCUUCAGGGCAGUAUGGGUGUGUAUCCCCUGCUCCUGCUACUCCUUGUGGCCUUUGUGGCCCUCAGCACGGCCCAGACACUCCCUGACCCUUCAGGUGCAGUCCUGACCACCAAACCUACAGACCCUCCUCCCACGUCACCCUCCAUCAUAGUCACGCAGGCGCCCCCAUCCGCCACCCCAUCUGUGGCACCGUCCCCUGAACUUGUUGCAACAACAAGAUCCAAUGACUCUGAGGGCGUGGUGAACCCAGAGAUUCCCACAGCCCCUCCUGUAGUCCCCCCUCCAACCGUGCUCGUCCCCACCAAGGCACCACCUGCCCCCUCAACCCCAUCUGCUGCGUCCCCGUCCCUCACCACCGGAGAUCUCAAGACUACAGUUUUGACUACAGCAGAGACCCCUAUACCUGAUCUGACACCCACUCAGUCCUCUUCAGAGCCUGAGACAGACACUCAGUUUACGGAUGUUACCACAGUUGACAUCAGCAAGCCUCCAGGUGAUGAAGGGCAAGAUGACACGGCGAUCAUAGCGGUUAUGGUUGCCCUGUCCUCUCUGCUGGUCAUUGUCUUUAUCAUCAUCGUCCUGUACAUGCUCAGGUUUAAGAAGUACAAGCAGGCAGGGAGCCACUCCAAUUCCUUCCGCCUGACCAAUGGCAGAGCUGACGACACAGAACUUCAGAGUGUGCCGCUAUUGGCUCGCUCUCCUAGCACCAACAGGAAGUACCCGCCCCUUCCCGUCGACAAGCUUGAGGAGGAGAUGAACCGCAGAAUGGCCGAUGACAAUAAACUCUUCCGGGAAGAAUUCAACGCGUUGCCUGUAUGUCCCAUUCAAGCCUCAUGUGAUGCUGCCUCAAAGGAGGAGAAUAAGGAGAAGAACAGAUAUGUCAACAUCCUGCCCUAUGAUCAUUCUAGGGUGCAUUUGACCUCUCUGGAGGGUGUUCCUGACUCAGACUACAUCAACGCUUCCUACAUAAAUGGAUAUCAGGAGAAAAACAAAUUCAUUGCUGCACAAGGACCAAAAGAGGAAACGGUCAAUGACUUCUGGAGGAUGAUCUGGGAACAGAACACUGCCACCAUUGUCAUGGUAACCAAUUUGAAAGAGAGGAAAGAGUGUAAAUGUGCUCAGUACUGGCCAGACCAGGGAUGCUGGACCUACGGAAAUAUCCGCGUGUCGGUGGAGGACAUGAUGGUUCUGGUUGACUAUACCAUCCGCAAGUUCUGCAUUCAGCAGGUGGGUGAUGUGUCUGGUAAGAAGCCCCAGAGGCUGGUCACACAGUUUCACUUCACCAGCUGGCCUGAUUUCGGGGUUCCUUUCACUCCCAUUGGCAUGCUGAAGUUCCUAAAAAAGGUCAAGACCUGCAACCCACAAUAUGCUGGACCCAUAGUGGUUCACUGCAGUGCGGGUGUGGGCAGAACGGGGACCUUCAUUGUGAUAGACGCUAUGCUGGACAUGAUGGGGGCAGAGAGAAAGGUCGACGUUUUCGGAUUUGUCACACGGAUCAGAGCCCAGCGCUGUCAGAUGGUCCAGACUGAUAUGCAGUAUGUGUUUAUAUUCCAAGCUUUGCUAGAGCACUACCUGUACGGGGACACAGAGUUAGAAGUGACGUCUCUGGAGUCUCACCUGUCUAAACUCUACGCUCCUUUACCUGGAGCUGGCUGUGGAGGCCUGGAGGCGGAGUUUAAGAAACUUACCUCCAUUAAAAUCCAAAAUGACAAGAUGAGAACAGGGAACCUGCCUGCCAACAUGAAGAAGAAUCGUGUUUUGCAAAUCAUUCCAUAUGAAUUUAACAGAGUGAUCAUCCCUGUAAAACGAGGGGAGGAGAACACAGACUACAUCAACGCCUCUUUUAUAGAUGGUUAUCGGCAAAAGGACUCGUACAUGGCAUGUCAGGGGCCCCUGCAGCACACCAUUGAGGACUUCUGGAGAAUGAUCUGGGAGUGGAGGAGCUGCUCUAUUGUUAUGCUGACCGAGUUGGAGGAGAGAGGACAGGAGAAGUGUGCUCAAUAUUGGCCUAGUGAUGGUGUGAUGGUUUGUGGGGACAUGUCCAUUGAGCUGAAGAGGGAGGAGGAAAGCGAAAGCUACACUGUUAGGGACCUUCUUGUCACCAACAACAGAGAAAAUAAGUCUCGCGCUGUGAGGCAGUUUCAUUUCCACGGCUGGCCAGAGGUGGGCAUCCCCUCCGACGGGAAGGGCAUGAUCAAUAUCAUCGCUGCAGUUCAGAAGCAGCAGCAGCAGUCUGGAAACCACCCAAUCACUGUGCACUGCAGUGCCGGCGCAGGGCGCACAGGGACAUUCUGUGCUCUGAGCACGGUCCUGGAGCGGGUGAAGGCGGAGGGCAUUCUGGACGUUUUUCAGACAGUGAAGAGUCUAAGACUACAGAGACCGCACAUGGUGCAGACACUGGAGCAGUAUGAGUUCUGCUACAAAGUGGUCCAGGAAUACAUUGAUGCCUUCUCUGACUACGCCAACUUUAAGUAAAGCCACGCCCACCUGCAGAAAAAUGGACAGACUUUCCCAGUCAUGCACUCACGUCCACACUUUCACGUAAACAGCUAAAUGAGAUGGACUGCCAGCGCAAAGCAAAAGGGAAUCAAAAAAUCCUUUGGUCGGCAAGCACGAGAACACAUUGGUGCCAGAGUUGUAAAGAAAAAAAACAAAGAAAACACCAUUAGAGAUGCCUUCUUGAAUAUUUUGUAAUAUUGCUCUUGUUAAUAAGGCCCUUACCUAUUUCUCUCAGUGUAAAUAUGCUCUUGUAAUUUUUUUUUUUUUUUUGGUCUGUUUUUGUUUUUCUUUUCUGUUGCAGUUUUUAGAGUGACCUUUAUAUAGUUUACUGGUAUAUAAAUGCAUACAUGAAUAUUUUAAGAUGGCGCUAUAGAGACAGACGCGAAAGCGCGGUAGCAAGAUGAGGGUGCUUUUUUCCACUGGGUGUUUUUACAAAAAAAAAAAAUCCUUCUUUCUCUGCAGUUGAGUGAUUGAAACCUAUUUGAAUGGCAGCUCAAUCCCACUUUGCUGUUGCUUGUAGCUACAUAGCGCACAAUGCGGCAAAAUCGACCAAUCGCGGAGCCACUGUAAACGCAUGCAUUCGCAGAAAAUACUUCACUGUGCUUUUCGAUUGAGUUCACUGGAGUGACCGAUAACAUUUUGAGUGUUUUGACACUCUCAUUGAGUCCAUGUUUUUAACAGGAACCUUUUUUGUUGUCACUUAGAGUUGUAAGAUGUUUAGACUGUCAAGUGUGUCUUUGUGGUGUCAAUUUUGUUAUAGCGUGCCAGACCCGACUCGUGUUCUGCCUUGUAGAGGAAGAUAAGAGACUUAAAAAACUGAGAAAAGGAAACCCUGAGUGUUUAGAUCAGAGGAAAUACAGCUUAACAGACUCUUCACAUAGUUUUUUGUCCCUUUUUGAAUCUCAUAAGGGUGUAUUUUGUCUUGAACUUCCCCCAUCCUUUUUUCUAGACCAUUUUAAAUGCACCUUCUAUAUUUGCGAUUGUAACCAAGGAAGUGAUGUAUUUACUUUCCCAGAUGUCUGUUGAUUGGCCUUAGCAACUGUGCUUGACAGUAAGGUGUUGUAACGUACAGGCAGUUAACUUUUCCUUCAUUCGGAAGGAUAAACGAUCCCGCCGGUACUGGUGCAAAAUUGAUCCAGAAAGUUCCAGUAGAAAUGACACAUGAUCACCUGAUCAUCUGUUCCUGCCCAUAAAAAUGACUUCGGCCAUUGUGCGGAAGUCAACGAGCCCUUUCCAGCUCCACUGAGCCAGUUAGAUCGAUACACGACGCUUUCAGUCUGUAGCGGUGAGUAAUUUCAACUUCUUGCAAAAAGGACAGGUAGAUGGUAUAAAUAAGGUCAAUGUAGGAUGAUUGUCUUUACAUUUAGGUCAUUUUAAAGCUAAACGUGUAAAGCUGAUUGUCAUUGGAAAGUUAUUUUCCAGCGAAUGUAGGUUUAUGUAGGUUAAGCCCUCGUUCCACACUGCCUUGUGUUAGGAAAUGCAAGUUAUAUGAAAUGUAUGUUGUAGCUCCUAAAUGUAUGUAAACCCAAUGGGUGUCGCUCUAAAUCACUCACCCAUCAGUCAUUCCAUAUUAACAGGGAUCUCGACGGAAACCGUUUUUAUGUUAUUUCAGGUCCACGACGUUACGGAUCAAAGAAUUAUGAGUUAAGGAUCUCCAGUACAGCUUGUUACGGGCUUGAUAUUCCAUGAAAUGCUGAUGGAUUUGCUUGAAUAUUGUGUGAGUCGACUGUUGUGAUUUGCUUAAAGUCACACUAACCCUUUCCACAUGAGACACUGUGCCAAUAGCAGCCUCUCAGGGGCAGGAUCCUUCUUCAGAGGUGGGAAAGUGCCUCAUCACGUUCCUGUAGCUUCAAGCAUAUUCCCGCCAGCUCUUUAGUAGCCUGUGUUCUCCCAGUCCCACAGCCGGACGUUGUUGCCCAUAUGGCGUAUGAUAAUCUCUAAUGGAACCAAAAUGGUUACUGGUUGGUUGGUUUUCUGUGUUUUUGGUGUGUGUUUCUUUUUUUUCUUUUUUGCUUACCGUAUAAAACCAUCCUGGAGGAAGCUUCAGACUUCAGGUCAAAAUCCCUCAAAACUUAAGCUCUUAAUGUAUGGAGAGCAAUCUAGAUGUUCUGGUCAAGAAGGGAAGCCGCGUGUCUGGAGGCUCACUUCAUUCUCCUGUUGAAUGUGACAUUGAAAUGGCCUGCUUGGAUUAGAGAAUGAAAGAAUGAGGAGAACGACUGAAAAAUAAAGGAUUCUGCUCUCCAAAAAACAUAUUUUGAGGAUUUCAUCUGACACUUUUCUGUCUUUGAUUGGAUCGCUUCUUGAUUUUAAACCACCGCCUGUUUUACGUUCCAUGAAUAAUAAAACUUUCCCCUUUCUGAUUUUUCUUUCCUCUUUAUGCACCCUUCUGUACAUAAUGUAAGGUUAUUUAUAAUUCAUUCCUAUCUGUUGCCUUGCUUUUAUUUUAUUAUCUUUCUCUCACUUUUUUUUAAGAUACUUGUAUAUUAAACUGUACUGGGACCAUUUUGAAAUGUAUUAGAUGUUUUUUUUUGUUUUUUUGUUUUUUAAUUCGGUAUUAUUAUUGUCUUAAAAUCUUAUUUUUUAAUUUGCAUCUUUUUUUUCUAGUGUUUUGUUAAAUUUGAAUAUAUAUGUAUAUAUAAUUAUAUAUAUGAUGCAAAUUAUAUAUAAUUAUAUAAUGCCAAACGGCCUUUCUAAACAAGAUAUUGUUCAAACCUAAUAAAAGUGCUUGAGAUUUUA